AUGAAACGACAAGAUUCAUCGCCAACAACUGGCGGUGGAAAUCGGCGAGCAUCAAGUGCCAGAAUCUCGUUUUCAGAUCAACUCGGUAAAUUUUGAAAAAGGGGUGUUUGGGUUUGAAAUAUUGAUGGAUGGUUUUGGAAUUAGGAACAUUGUGCAUGCGUUCGGGAUUUGAAAACUUCAGGAGGUUCUGUUAGAUGAUGAACUUGAGUUUUAUUGUUUGGAACUAGCUGUUUCAAUUUUAGAUAUGAUAAAAUUUCAAUUGUCAAACUUCAGUGUGAAAUUUUAGAAACUGAACAAAAUUUGCAAUUAGAAUACGUUUUUUUUUCAAAGUAAAUUACAGAACUUAUAUACAAUCAAUGAUUUCUAAUAAAUAUAGAGUAAACGUUUCCUGAAAAUGAAUUUUCUAAUAUUUUUCAAAAUUAAUUCUCAGUUUAUCAUUUGCAUUCCUAUGUUGCGAAUUUUCACGUUCAAAAAUCAAAUGAAUUAUUCGAAAUUUUCAAAGUUCACCACAUUUACCUUUUCUGAAAUCUAUUUAGAAAAACAAAUCAAGGUGAUUUUUUUGUGAAUUUAUUUUAAACUCUCAUAAAUUCAAUUAGUGUUAUUCUAACAUUCUUAAAUUUUUCUUGAACUUCUUUUUUUUAAGGUACAUAAAAUCUCUACGAAAAAAUUUCGAUUCAGUUUUUCUGAAAUUUAAAUGAUUGUGCAAAUUUUUCCAUUGAAAUAAUUGAGAAAUCCUUCACAUAAACUCUCAAAAAGUCCAAACUAGAUACAUUUAAUGACCCUUUUUUUGUGCAAAAAGCGUUUAUCCUAUCCGUGAGAACACUAUUUUUGCUUGGUAAGAAUUGGUUUUGGUUUUCACUGAAACAUUUUUUUUCGUAUCCAAAUAUGUUUUCGCAUGACCUAACUGACUCGAAGGCGACAUUAUACUUUUAUAUAAAAAGUUCAGAAACCUUUGAAAUCUAGACCAAAAAUUACUUAUAUAUAGUUUUUUGUUGCAUUUUUUCUUACUCUUUUUUUGCGCGAUCCAACUAAGGUUUGGUUUUCCUUCCGUCAACACCUUUUUUUAUUCUUUUCGCUUCCCAAAAGCUCAUUGAAGCAUAGAUUUACUCAUGUCGCACUUUUAGACAAGAUUCUUGGUGAUUUAUUUUAUUAUUCUUGUCUGAUGUGUUUUUCUGGAAUAUUUUCUCUGCUUGAAACUUUUUCCCUCGCAUAGAAUAGGCCCGAUUCAUCUCAAAUUCAUUGUUUUUUCUGUUCUGAUAAACAUUCUUUUUUUCUGCAAACGUUGUCUCUGCGGAUGUUUUUUACUAUUCUUUUUUUCUGUUUUUCUUCACUUGAAGAAGAUCUAUGUAGAUUAAUUUAUAUUAUCAUACAAACUUAAGUUUUGAAAAAAAAAUUUUGAAAAUUCGGAUACUCUUUUUUUCAAAUAGAGACAACGAGAAGCAAAAAAUAAGAAAAAAGUUCACAAAUAUUUCAUGAGAAUGUGUUGGCAGAAGCCCCAUCAUCAUCAAGCUUCAUCUUUUGUCGAACUUUUUUAUCGAGAAUUGUUCUUCUGUUGUUUUUUUUCUGUUCUGCUCUGCUCUGUAUUUUUUUUGUGAAAUUUUAAUAAUUUUUGUAGAUUGAAAUAGUUGUUAUUUCUGUUUUCAGUUUCUGUGAGAUUCCUGACAAUGAGUUUGAUACUGGAAAUUGGACAGAAACGUAUGUUAUUAAUGGGAAAAGAUCUAAAAAAUGUUCACGAUACUGUGAAGAAUGGUAUUUCUUUUAAAAAUGUUGAUGAUCAUCUCGUUUUCUUACUUCUAGAAAUUCAAUAAUCUUUAAAAAAUUCUCAAUUCCUAAAAAACUGAUAAAAAAUUCCCCGAAAAUUUUGUUAAAAAAUUCUUUGACCAAAACUUCCUGCUAUGAAUAUUUCAGAAUUUUGUUUCAGUUUUUUUUCAAACAACAAUUGAACCAAUCUAGUUUGGGCCAAGUUAGAGAUAAAUUUUUUUAUUAAUCAAAAUACGAAUAAAUUAAGCAAUUAAAAAAUGUGUCUGAUUCAAAAGUGUUAGCCAAAAAUAUUUAAAUAUGAUUUUCAACUUUGUCUCAUUCUCUCAAUCCAACAAAAAAGAGCAACAUUCUCUUUUGUCUAGUAGUAGUCAUAAUGAUGAAUGAGGGUUUGUCUGAUAUAUACGUGUCGAAAUAUGAUGUUUUUUGUCUGCUCUUGUGUAUGUUUUUUCUUCCUCCGAACACCACUAGAAAUAUUAGUUGUUAUUUGAACUGAAAUUCGAGGAUUCCUCAUUUUCUACUACUAAUAAGCCCCGGAACAACCCCGGAACAGAAAAUGUCAGGUUGGUUUUUAAGUUAUUUUGUUUCUGUGUUUUUUCAGCCAUCCGAAAAAUAUAAAAUAAGAGGAAAAAACAAAUAGGAAAAUCUUUUAGACAUUGCACAUAAAUGAAUCUUUGCUUGAAUAAAUAAACAAAUCUACGAUACUAAACAAAAAUCAGCAUUAAAAAAUCUGGAAUGUUUUGAUAGAAAUAAAAAAAACAACUACUAAACUAAGCUAAUUUGAGCACCUUAACACGUUUGGUGAACAAGAAAAUUACUUCCUGCGAGAGGAAAAAGUACAAAGCUCAAUGGAUUCAUGCAAAAAUUAUCUCGCAACAUUUUCCAACCUUUUUUUUCUGCUUACCUAAUCCAAAAAAAAAACAAGGUUUAUCUGAUUUUUCUCACCCGAACUCGGAACAAGAAUAACAAGAAAAGUUUGUUUUGUUUAUUCUUUUUUGGUGCCUCUUAGUCAGCCCUUUUUUUGAAUUGACUAGUUUUUGGAAAUAGCAAUUUUUCUACGACGAGGAAAUUUAUUUUCCGUUCUUUUUCAUCUAGAUUUGUCGUUCUACUGUGGUGCAAUACCUAAGGUGAGCAAUUUUUGAGAAAAUUUGAUUAGAAAUUUUUGUAAGAGGGGAUGAAGUUCGAAAUGAAAACAAAAACCAAGAGGGGGAAACAAUUAUUUGUGGUUUUCUUGAAUUCCAGAAUUUCUGCCUUCAAUUAAGAGUUUUUUUCGGGAAAAAAUACUUUUUUCUUGAAUUUUAGAAGCUUAAGUGAAGUUUUCAUUGUGUACAUUUAUUUACCAGUUUUGAAUAUCUAAAGUGGUGAAUCAUUUUGCAAAAAUCAACCUCUCUUUCUUCGAUUCAUUUUCUGGAGCUGCUUUGUUCUGUUCUGGGAAUUCUUGAAACUAAUAUCCAGGUUCGUUUUCUAUUUUGUACUUUUCUAGGUAAAAAACCGAGUCAUGCGGAAAUUGAAACAUGUUUCAAAAAUCAACGACUACUUUUCUUUUCUGGAAAACGGCUUUCAGAAUGUUAAAACCAAAACUCAAACAGUGUUGUAUCCUGGAUUACCGGAACUCACCCUCUUUUCAUACCUUCCUCCUGGUUUACCUUAUUCCGGAAGCAUCUCUAACAUCCCUAAUUAGAGUAGAAAUUAACAACAUCUGCUUACAUUCAUCUCAUCUCAAGGAACAUUUUUUUUAUAUAAAAAAAAUCCCACUGGUCCCAGUCCCAAAAAUCUUUCUCUCGUAUUCCAUUCUUUCUUUUUCCGUUCAUAUGUCAAUUCCUACUUCCCCUCAAAGAUUCCAACAAAAAAAAACAACAGGAAGAAUGUCGCUUGGCGACACUAGUAAUUCUGUCACAUCCCUAAACAUAGAUUUCAAAAAGCUGUAUUUAAAGUUGAACUAUUUUUCAACACUUGAUCCUCCUUUGUGUUUUUUUUUUUAGUUUAUUCCUCUUUUUUGUUUCUCACUUCACUAAACAAAAAAAAACAAAAGGUGUUAGUUUUAGAAAACAUGGAAUUUCUCGAAGUACGACAAGGAUCGCUGCGUAAGUUUUUUUAAAACUGAACUCAUUUAUUCAUCCAGUCAUUUGAAACAGCAAAAAAUUGGGGAGAGAGUUUGUAAAAAGAAGGCAGGAAGGCGAAGAAGAUGAAGAGCACCCACAAAAAACCCAAAGCACGGAUUAAAAGUUCUUGCCUUUCCUGUGUUUUUUCAUUUGUUUGACAUUCUCUUCAUUUGUUGUUUUGAGUUUGAGUUUUCUCUACUUUUUUGCUUGCUCCAAAAAUUAUGGGGCGGAGCUCAUGAAAAUCACGAAAAAUUAGUUUUAAUGUUUUUGGUGCUCUUGGGAAUAUAAUAAUAUAAUAUUAUGUUAUAUAAUAUUUUAUUAUAUUAACUAGAGGGAACUUUUUAACAAGUUUUGUAUGUUUGUAAAUUUGCAUGUAAAAGAUUUUUGGUGAGGAUUUCUGAGUUUUGGGGACCUUGAGAGGAGUCGUGGUUUUCUAAAGACUUUUCUAGAUUUUCUGGAAAUUGUAAGUAUACGUAUUUUUACGUAGUCUGAAACUAAUAUCAAUUUUGAAAAAUUUUGAGCCCCGGGAGUGAAGUUUUUUUUAAUACUUCCAGCCUCCAGAAACCACUCAACAUCUAGAAUUUUCAAAAAAUUUUCUCAUACAAAAAUCUUCCUCACAUCAGCAAAACACACAUUCUCUUGUCCCAAAGAACAUGUGUAGAUCAUCAUUCUCGCCGAGAAUGCAGCGACAAAAAAAAAGUAAAAUGAGAAACUAUCUAAUUGGAGUCAUAUUCCAAGGAGGGGGUCCCAUUUUUCCAAUUAUCUCUCAUCUCUCAUAUUUAUGUGUUGUUGUUCCAGACGGCGGCGAUUCUGGCGAUUCAUCGUCAAACGAAAGUGAACGACUAAUGGAAUCUGACGAUGAGGGAAAUAUCCAAAUUCCGGUACCAAAUCAACCAAGAGGUCGAAUGGGUCGAAGGUUUGUAUUUUAUUUUUAGACACAUCUAGAGUUUGAAAACCAAAAAAAAAAGUCGAAAAAGAUUAACUUGACAGGAAAAAACAUUGACACAUCAUUUCAUGAUCCCAUCAUCAGUCAUUUUUUCAUGUUUCUUUUUGUUUCAAAAAAAAAGAUUUGCAAAGUGUAGUACAAUUUUUCUAAAUCCACCCAUACAUCUUGUUUUACUCCCAAAAAAUUUACUAGCUAAUAAUUUUAUAAAAUGAGAAUAAGUAAAAAUGGGAAGAUUAAUACCCUUGGGAAGGAACACUUAUAACUAACCAUGUGGGAAAGUGGAAGAUGAUUUGAUUUUGAGAAAUAUAUAUACAUAUAUAUAUAUACAUUUUAUAUGAAAUUUGAGGAGAGGAGUUCGUUUUGCAAUUUGGAGCUCGUAUACUUUUGGGAGUUCCAUCUUCCCUUUUUUGACAUAAUAUUUGAGAGGGGAGUAAUUUGAUGAUGUGAACUUUAUGAAGGAACAUAUGAAAGUCAGAAAUCAAAAUUUUCAAUAGGGAUUUUAUGGGAAACUUGAACAUAUUUAGAAAAAAUAUUUUUUUCUCAAAGCUUUGUCAAAAUUUCUGAACCAAAACCUCAAAUUCAUAACUAGAAAAAAAAACAAAAAAAAUUUUAGAUUCACCCUGAACCCUUUGAUCUUUGCCAAAGAGGAACGGGAAGCUCGUCGACAAUCAUUGGCACAACUCAAACUGAGUUAUUAUCCAAAACAUAUGAAUCGUAAGUACUCGCAACCCUUUACAGUAUUCUCAAAUAACUGAAAUUUCAGCUGAACACUAUGAUACUGGUCUAGGAUUCUGUGGUUGGUUACUUAUGGGUCUUUCAUGGAUAAUGGUCAUAACCACAUUUCCGGUUUCAAUUUAUUUUUGUAUGAAAGUUGUUCAAGAAUACGAGCGAGCUGUCAUAUUUCGAUUAGGUCGUUUGAUUGGUGGUGGAGCCAAAGGGCCAGGUACAUAUAUUUUUUUUGAUUUUUGAAUAGAUACAAUUCAACAUUUCAAUUUUAGGUAUAUUUUUCGUCCUUCCUUGUAUAGAAUCGUAUACGAAAGUUGAUCUCAGAACUGUCUCAUUCAGUGUUCCACCACAGGAGGUGAGAAAAAACACGAGAAAAAUUUGAGCAUACAAAUAUUUUUUUUUAUUUUCAGAUUCUCACCAAAGAUUCAGUGACAACAUCCGUCGACGCAGUUAUUUAUUAUAGAAUUUCAAACGCUACGGUUAGCGUAGCCAAUGUUGAAAAUGCACACCACUCGACUAGGUAAAUUUUUGUGAUGAAAAUGAACUUUGAAUCAUCAGAUCUUGAAAAAAAUGUCUUUGAGACUGACUAAAAAACAAUUUUUUUUCCAGAUUAUUGGCGCAAACAACACUUCGUAAUAUGCUGGGUACUCGAAGUCUUUCAGAAAUUUUAUCCGAUCGUGAAACUUUAGCAACAGCAAUGCAAACCAUUUUAGAUGAAGCUACUGAAAGUUGGGGAAUUAAAGUCGAACGAGUUGAAAUGUGAGAUUUUUCUAUCUCAAUUGAAAACAAUGAUGUAAUUUUCAAAUUUUCAGUAAAGACGUGCGGCUUCCUAUUCAACUUCAAAGAGCCAUGGCCGCUGAAGCUGAGGCAACACGUGAAGCUCGCGCUAAAGUCAUCGCUGCUGAAGGAGAACAAAAAGCUUCGCAAGCAUUACGCGAAGCUGCAACAGUUAUUGCACAAUCACCGGCUGCGUUGCAGUUGAGAUAUCUUCAAACUCUCAAUUCUGUUGCGUAAGUCCCCCAUAUUCUUUCAAACAUUCUCAAAAAUUAAUAAAAUUUCAGCGCUGAAAAAAAUUCAACAAUAAUCUUCCCGCUGCCAAUGGAAUUGGUCCGUCAUUUGAUAAACUAG